AUGUCCAUAUUCGCUCGCCACGACUCAAGUUUACAGCACAAACCACUGCAGCCUAUCUCACAUCUGGUGCCCUUCUCUGCCUUGAUCAUCUCAAUCACCUUCGUGGUGCUCUUCCUGAUCCGGUACUACAUCCUAGAAGGAUUCCUGAUCCGAUGGCUAUACGGGCCCAUUUACACGCGUUUGAGCGACAUCAACCGUCGGGGCUUUAUCAACCACCACAUCGCCGGAGCGACGAAAAUCCUCAUCCUGAUCCUGGCCGUAUACCCGUUCAUCGAUAUCACCUUCCUCAGUGCAAACUUCCACACCCCAUUCGCUGCUGGCUCCACAGUCACCAUGGGCGACAUACUCAUUGUUGCUGCUCAAAUGCUGAUCGCCAUGUACAUCUUUGAACUCCUCUACCGUGUCACACUAUCGCCGAUUGCCGUUACGCAUCAUAUCGGGACCAUUAUCAUCGGCCAGUCUGCGAUCGCAAUCAGCCUGCGACUAGCCCGCGAGCCAGAUGCGGACAUUGAGUUUAUUCUCUGCACAGUCUGGGGUGCCUUCGACAUUGUCUGCGAGUUUCUCCCUCAUAUCGCGAUUAUCCUUUACCGCAUCUUUCCUCAGCGCCACAGUUUCCUCCGCCGACUCUUCUUCUCAGCCUGUAUCACGACUGCAGGUGGAACACUUUGCGAGACCAUUGUGACGAUGUAUCUCUUCGGUAGCUUGUGGCCUAAGUGGCAGAUUGUGUUCAAAGUUAGCACUCCCCUUCUGCACCUUGCAUUUUCGGCAGCUCAGAUCCAUGGAAGCUUUGUCUUUUGGAAAAUGUACCGACGACAACAGAGGAUCAUAAAAGAUAAAUCUGGGGAGGAUAGGGAAAAAGGCGGUGAUACGGAGUUUCAUUGA